GGCAGGAAUAUCUCUCAUGGUCGCGGUGGCGCGGGGAACAUCUUCUCCGGCACUGGCGAGUCGCGCACCACGCCCAAGGACCUCGUCACCCCGACCAUCAAACAAGAUGUCUUCACCACCGGCCGCGGCGGCUCCGGCAACAUGAUGCAGAACGACCCGCAACAUCCCGAACUGGCGCGUGAACUGCAAGACGUCGAGACCCCACCGUUGCGCAUAGAAGAGGCACCGCAUCAUACUGGACGAGGCGGUGUCGCAAACGCAUAUUUUCCCACCCCCGAAGAAGAGAAGCGCAUGCGCGAACAGGGCGAGGCGCAGUUGGCUCGCGUCAAGACCCAAGAGGCGCAAAUGGCCCGCGUGAGAACCCAGUCCAAGGAUCGCAGAAAGGAUAUAGAG